GUGCGUGCGUGCGUGCGUGCGUGUGACGCAAUCGCGUUGUUUGUCACUCGCUGUACGUGUCGGAGAGCCGUUGAUUCCGGACCCAGGCCUUCUCAAAUACAACAGACGGGAGAAACACACUUUCACAUCUCACGGUGGUUUCCUGUGAUCACUAAAGCAGCAGAAAAAUGAACGUGUUUGAUCGCAACAUAAACUUUGACGCUCUCUUCAAGUUCUCUCAAAUCUCUCGCUCGACUCGGCAGCACCUGAAGAAUGUCUAUGCCAGUCUGGCUGUGUGUAUGCUGGUGGCGGCGACUGGCUCCUACAUCUACAUCAUCACAAGACUCUUUCAGGGUGGGCUGACCAUGCUUGGAUCACUGGCUAUGAUGGGUUGGCUUGCCAUGACCCCUCACAGCCCUCAGACAGAGAAGAAGAGGUUGGCCAUCCUCGCUGCUUUUGCUUUCUUCACAGGUCUUGGACUCGGCCCGCUCAUGGACUACGUCAUUAGCGUCAACCCGAGCAUCAUCCUGACUGCUUUCCUGGGCACCUCUGUCAUCUUUGCCUGCUUCACAUUGAGCGCCCUCUAUGCACAGCGCAGAAGUUAUCUCUUCUUGGGAGGCACUCUGAUGUCAGGGCUGACUGUUCUUCUGCUCGUCUCUGUCUUCAAUAUGUUCUUCGCCUCAGCAAUACUCUUUAAGGCUCAUGUGUAUCUGGGUCUGGCCAUCAUGUGUGGCUUUGUGCUGUUUGACACACAGCUAAUUAUUGAGAAGGCAGAAAUGGGAGACAAAGAUUACAUCUGGUAAGGCAUAGAGGUUUACUGUGUUUACCAAUAUACC